AUGCAAGACGUUGAAAAAAUAUCAGAAAUGUCUCUGGCACAACCGAGGCGAGCUCUAUUGAACGUGAAAGAUUAUCAUCAACAAGCGAAAAGAACAUUACCACAAAUGAUCUAUGAUUUUUAUAGUACUGGUUCAGAUGAUCAGUUAACAUUAAUUGAUAAUCAACAAGCUUUUCUCAAUCCAGUCAGUUGUCAAACACAACUUUUAAAUUCUACGAUAACAAUUUCAUUUCCAUGCAUUAUUGCUCCAACAGCUUUACAUCGACUAGCCAAUAAUGAACAUGGAGAAUUAGCAACUGUUCGUGCAGCUGUUGCUUGCUCGACAAUAAUGUGUGUCAGUACUAUGGCGUCAAUAUGCAUGGAACGGGUUGCCGAAGAACAUCGGGAGCAAAUUAGAGCAAAUUAUCCUCGAAGUACUUCACAGCUUUGGUACCAGCUAUAUGUAUUCAAAAAUCGUCAAUAUACAUAG